AUGAACGAGUCUCUGAUUAACCCUUUUACGCUUUCGCAUCCCACUGCAGUUCAAACAUCCCUGUUUGCCGGGGCACUUUUCGCUAAAUUCGACCCAACCGGGCGCUUCAUCGCAUCAGGACGUUUGAACGGUUCAGCUGAAAUAUGGGAUCUCGAAACAAGAGCACCAAUUAGGUGGUUAGAUGGACACGUAAAAGCUAUAACUAGCAUUGACUGGUCGAGAAAUUCUCGAUACCUUUUGACCUCUUCAAAAGAUUGGAAUGUCAUUAUUUGGGAUCUUUCUUCCACCUAUGAUCCUCCUCAACGACAAAAAUCCCUCCGAUUUGACGUUCCAGUUGUUAGCGCCUCCUUUCAUCCCAAAAAUAGCCAAAUCGUUUUAGUUUUGCUAGCAACCGGGGAAGCCUAUGUUUGUGAUUCGAGAAAACAGCACAGAACGCGUACUGAGCUGUUAGAGCCGCUCCCUGAUGAAGUAGAAGAAGACGAAGAGAAUGCUGGACAUGGCACUCAACGCGCUGGGAUGACAGUUGCCCGUUUUGACCCAUCAGGUAAAAACAUUUUUGUGGGUACUGAUAAUGGAUACCUCCUUGUAUUUAACACACGGACGAAAAUUAUGAUUGGACGGCACAAGAUUUCUGGAGCAGGGAUUAUGAAGGGCUUUGAUUUCACAAGAUCUGGAAGACGUUUGGUGACAAACUCAUCGGACAGAACAUUGCGACAGUUCAUACUUCCUACAUACCCUUCACUUCCUGUCGACGCCGAUCUGCACAAUCCGCCAAGUUUUUUAGAUGUUGAAUUGGAACCUACUCAUAGAUUCAACGACCCAAUCAACAGAACAGCUUGGCAUGCAAUGUGCUACAGUCCUGACGGGGACUGGCUGGCUGGGGGGGCCGCUGAUCCCGCCGGCCAUAAAAUAUACAUAUGGGACAUUUCGAAUGACGGCGCUUUUGCCAGUGCCUUGGACGGAGGUCGCGAGCCACUGACUUACUUGCAUUGGCAUCCAUCAAGAUCUUCAUUCGCUUCUACCACUAAUCAAGGAAGCAUUCUCAUUUGGCAUUGUCCAAAUCCAGAACGAUGGGGUGCAUUUGCUGGUGGUUUUGAAGAGGUUGAUGAGAAUGUGGAAUACGAGGAACGUGAAGAUGAAUUCGACAUUGAAGACGAAGCUGUCCAGUUCGAAAGGAAGAUGAAGGCCGAAGAAGAGGAAGUGGAUAUUGACACUGUUGUGACUGGUACUCAAGCCGCGGUUGUUAGUAAGGGUACGCACAGCGGCAAUAUGGGUGGAGCUGCCACUCCAAUCGGGACUGGAAAUGGCCAUACAAUGGACUUGGAUAAGCUUGGAUCUGGGAUGGAUGAAAUCAUCGACAUUGAAACGUCGUGGGCGGAGGAAGAGCCAGACUUGGAUAUUCCAGGUGGAUGGAAGAUGAAGGUGAUAAUGGAGUCUUCGGAAGAUUAUUGA